AUGCUGUCGAAAAUAUACCUAGCGUGUUUAGUGCCAGCGUUCGCUUUGACGGAUAUCGACAUAAAGUGCAUGGCCAAUAAUGAAGAGCAUCUAUCAAACGACAGGCUCCUGGGCACUUGGUACAUAAUGUACACCUUCUCAUUUAUGGGCGGCGUCAUACCCACGACCGCUUGUACCAACAUCACAAUCACGAAACCCACUGCCGAAGACUUGCAGCUGUUCAAAGACGAAUACCUGGCCCCUGGCCUCCCGUACUCGUUUGAAGACAACCCUGUACUCUCUACCAAGGGUCAAGAAAAUGGCAUGCUGAUAGGAAACAAUAGAGCCAAAUUCUAUGUUCUCAAACCUAAUGACGGAUUUUUAAAUCCAUUUGGAUACGAAGUGCAAGCUUACCAGUUCUUGACCGAGAAAUUCGUGAUGCAUACUCCGUGUCCGCUGAGGGGAAACCGUAGGAUGCUUUUGUCCAACGACAGACAUGCAACGGUCGAGGAAAUGGAGCGAGUGAUCAAGAAUACACGUGAAUUAAACAUUCUUGAGAGGAACAGAUUUUGUGCUUAA